GUACUCUAGUUAUUAGUUAGUUGUUCACGUUUGACAUUAUGCGGCCGCGAUUAUAUAUUGCAUUUCUCGUCGUUUUCGCAUACGUCCGGGGAUAUGAUGAAAAACCUAACUUAGACUUCGGACGGUUGCCGGACGACACCGAACCGGAAUCGUACGCGCUAAGAGUGGUGCCGGACUUUGAUGCAGUAAACCCUUCAUUCACCGGCCUAGUGGACAUCUCAAUCGUAGUGAAGACCACCACAGCCGAGAUAACAUUUAACUCCAAGGACCUGGCGUUGCACGAAAUCACAAUUACAGAUGAUAACACCAACACCGAUGUCAGGGUUGACUCUUGGAAGUGCAUGGAAGACCUGGAACAAGUGAAAGUCAAGGUAGAGGGACUUAUUUUGGAAAAACGAAAAUACACUAUACAUAUUGAUUAUAGUGGUUAUUUGAACGACGAUGCGUCCAAAAUUUUCCACACUUCUUACGAUGCCUACCUGCAUGUAAAAAAGUGGGAGGCUGCUAACAAUCAAUUACAAACCACACGCGCAAGAAGUGCUUUUCCUUGUUAUGAUGAACCACAUUUUAAAACACCAUUUAACUUAUCCAUAAAAACUAAAAGGAACGAAAUCGCUUUGUCAAGAAUGCCGAUUUUGAACACAGUUGACAUAAAUGAGCCAGUUGGAAAAGAUUCAACCAAAUAUACGUACAAGACCUGGGUUCAUUUUAUACAAACUCCGUUAAUUUCAACAUCUAUGGUUACCAUUUUUGUUGGUGAAUUAGAGCAACUUGGCAAAUUACGUCAAAGCUUAAGUCACAAGGAUGGCUUAUGUCUGGAAAAAUAUAUAAUGAGAGGGGCUCCUAAUCAACUGAACUCAAUAAGAAAUAAAAGAUAUGCAGAAACUCCUACAGAAUCGUCACCAAUGUCUUCUAGUACAGUUGGGGAAACAAAAGAAUCUACUUCCACCCCGGCUACUACAGAUCCGUCAUCAGUGCCUUCUAGUACGAUUUCGGAAGCACAAGAAUCCACUUCCACCCCCGUUACUACAGAUCCGUCAUCAGUGCCUUCAAGUACAAUUGAGGAAACAAAAGAUUCUACUUCCACCCCGGUUACUACAGAUCCGUCAUCAGUGCCUUCUAGUACGAUUUCGGAAGCACAAGAAUCCACUUUUACCCCCGUUACUACAGAUCCGUCAUCAGUGCCUUCAAGUACAAUUGAGGAAACAAAAGAAUCUACUUCCACCCCGGUUACUACAGAUCCGUCAUCAGUGCCUUCUAGUACGAUUUCGGAAGCACAAGAAUCCACUUCCACCCCCGUUACUACAGAUCCGUUAUCAGUGCCUUCUAGUACGAUUUCGGAAGCACAAGAAUCCACUUCCACCCCGAUUACUACAGAUCCGUCAUCAGUGCCUUCAAGUACAAUUGAGGAAACAAAAGAAUCUACUUCCACCCCGGCUACUACAGAUCCGUCAUCAGUGCCUUCAAGUACAAUUGAGGAAACAAAAGAAUCUACUUCCACCCCGGCUACUACAGAUCCGUCAUCAGUGCCUUCAAGUACAAUUGAGGAAACAAAAGAAUCUACUUCCACCCCGGCUACUACAGAUCCGUCAUCAGUGCCUUCUAGUACGAUUUCGGAAGCACAAGAAACUACAGAUCCGUCAUCAGUGCCUUCAAGUACAAUUGAGGAAACAAAAGAAUCUACUUCCACCCCGGCUACUACAGAUCCGUCAUCAGUGCCUUCUAGUACGAUUUCGGAAGCACAAGAAUCCACUUCCACCCCGGUUACUACAGAUCCGUCAUCAGUGCCUUCAAGUACAAUUGAGGAAACAAAAGAAUCUACUUCCACCCCGGCUACUACAGAUCCGUCAUCAAUGCCUUCAAGUACAAUUGAGGAAACAAAAGAAUCUACUUCCACCCCGGCUACUACAGAUCCGUCAUCAAUGCCUUCAAGUACAAUUGAGGAAACAAAAGAAUCUACUUCCACCCCGGCUACUACAGAUCCGUCAUCAGUGCCUUCUAGUACGAUUUCGGAAGCACAAGAAUCCACUUCCACCCCCGUUACUACAGAUCCGUCAUCAGUGCCUUCAAGUACAAUUGAGGAAACAAAAGAAUCUACUUCCACCCCGGCUACUACAGAUCCGUCAUCAGUGCCUUCAAGUACAAUUGAGGAAACAAAAGAAUCUACUUCCACCCCGGCUACUACAGAUCCGUCAUCAGUGCCUUCAAGUACAAUUGAGAAAACAAAAGAAUCUACUUCCACCCCGGCUACUACAGAUCCGUCAUCAGUGCCUUCUAGUACAAUUGAGGAAACAAAAGAAUCUACUUCCACCCCGGCUACUACAGAUCCGUCAUCAGUGCCUUCUAGUACGAUUUCGGAAGCACAAGAAUCCACUUCCACCCCGGUUACUACAGAUCCGUCAUCAGUGCCUUCUAGUACGAUUUCGGAAGCACAAGAAACUACAGAUCCGUCAUCAGUGCCUUCAAGUACAAUUGAGGAAACAAAAGAAUCUACUUCCACCCCGGCUACUACAGAUCCGUCAUCAGUGCCUUCUAGUACGAUUUCGGAAGCACAAGAAUCCACUUCCACCCCCGUUACAACAGAUCCGUCAUCAAUGCCUUCUAGUACAAUUACGGCAACACAAGAGUCCACUUCCACCUCUGUUGCUACUGAGUCUUCGUCAAUGUCUUCUAGUACAAUUGAGGAAAUAAAAGAAUCUACUUCCACCCCAGUUACUACAGAUCCGUCAUCAGUGCCUUCUAGUACGAUUUUGGCAAUACAAGAGACCACUUCCACCUCUGUUGCUACUGAUUCUUCAACAGUUUAUUAUAGCACAACAUCGGAACCUUUUGUGCCUACUACCAAAUAUACAACUUCAACAUAUAAACCAAUGACUAAAGUUGUGCCUACUAAACCAUUUUAUGAACGAGCAUAUUAUGUAUUUAAUUUUAUGUUCACAAGUAUGUUAAUAAUUAUAGCUCUUUUAAUGGGCACAGUAUUUUUCUGGAAUAAGCUUGCUAGGAAAAAUUUAUUCAGCAACAAUGUAAAUAUUUCUCUGUAUAAAGUUCUAUUGUUCACGUUUGACAAUAUGCGGCCGCGAUUAUAUAUUGCGUUUCUCGUCGUUUUCGCAUACGUCCGGGGAUAUGAUGAAAAACCUAACUUAGAUUUCGGACGGUUGCCAGACGACACAGAACCGGAAUCGUACGCGCUAAGCGUGGUGCCGGACUUUGAUGCAGUAAACCCUUCAUUCACCGGCCUAGUGGACAUCUCAAUCGUAGUGAAGACCACCACAGCCGAGAUAACAUUUAACUCCAAGGACCUGGUGUUGCACGAAAUCACGAUUACAGAUGAUAACACCAACACCGAUGUCAGGGUUGACUCUUGGAAGUGCAUGGAAGACCUGGAACAAGUGAAAGUCAAGGUAGAGGGACUUAUUUUGGCAAAACGAAAAUACACUAUACAUAUUGAUUAUAGUGGUUAUUUGAACGACGAUGCGUCCAAAAUUUUCCACACUUCUUACGAUGCCUACCUGCAUGUAAAAAAGUGGGAGGCUGCUAACAAUCAAUUACAAACCACACGCGCAAGAAGUGCUUUUCCUUGUUAUGAUGAACCACAUUUUAAAACACCAUUUAACUUAUCCAUAAAAACUAAAAGGAACGAAAUCGCUUUGUCAAGAAUGCCGAUUUUGAACACAGUUGACAUAAAUGAGCCAGUUGGAAAAGAUUCAACCAAAUAUACGUACAAGACCUGGGUUCAUUUUAUACAAACUCCGUUAAUUUCAACAUCUAUGGUUACCAUUUUUGUUGGUGAAUUAGAGCAACUUGGCAAAUUACGUCAAAGCUUAAGUUACAAGGGUGACUUAUGUCUGGAAAAAUAUAUAAUGAGAGGGGCUCCUAAUCAACUGAACUCAAUAAGAAAUAAGAGAUAUGCAGAAACUCCUACAGAAUCAUCACCAAUGUCUUCUAGUACAGUUGAGGAAACAAAAGAAUCUACUUUCAUCCCGGUUACUACAGAUCCAUCAUCAGUGCCUUCUAGUACAAUUGAGGAAACAAAAGAAUCUACUUUCAUCCCGGUUACUACAGAUCCGUCAUCAGUGCCUUCAAGUACGAUUUCGGAAGCACAAGACUCCACUUUUAUUCUUGUUACUACAGAUUCGUCAUCAAUGUCUUCUAGUACAAUUGAGGAAACAAAAGAAUCUACUUCCACACCGGUUACUACAGAUCCGUCAUCAGUGCCUUCUAGUACAAUUUUGGCAACACAAGAGACCACUUCCACCUCUGUUGCUACUGAUUCUUCAACAGUUUAUUAUAGCACAACAUCGGAAGCACAAGAAUCCACUUUUAUCCUUGUUACUACAGAUUCGUCAUCAGUGUCUUCUAGUACAAUUGAGGAAACAAAAGAAUCUACUUCCACCUCUGUUGCUACUGAUUCUUCAACAGUUUAUUAUAGCACAACAUCGGAAGCACAAGAAUCUACAUCCACACCGGUUACUACAGAUCCGUCAUCAGUGCCUUCAAGUACAAUUUUGGCAACACAAGAGACCACUUCCACCUCUGUUGCUACUGAUUCUUCAACAGUUUAUUAUAGCACAACAUCGGAAGCACAAGAAUCCACUUUUAUCCUUGUUACUACAGAUUCGUCAUCAGUGUCUUCUAGUACAAUUGAGGAAACAAAAGAAUCUACUUCCACCCCGGUUACUACAGAUCCGUCAUCAGUGCCUUCUAGUACAAUUUCGGAAGCACAAGAAUCCACUUCCACCCCCGUUACUACAGAUUCGUCAUCAGUGUCUUCUAGUACAGUUGAGGAAACACAAGAGUCCACUUCCACCCCCGUUACUACAGAUCCGUCAUCAGUGCCUUCAAGUACAAUUGAGGAAACAAAAGAAUCUACUUCCACCCCGGUUACUACAGAUCCGUCAUCAGUGCCUUCUAGUACGAUUUCGGAAGCACAAGAAUCCACUUCCAUCCCCGUUACUACAGAUCCGUCAUCAGUGCCUUCAAGUACGAUUGGGGAAACAAAAGAAUCUACUUCAACCCCCGUUACUACAGAUCCAUCAUCAGUGCCUUCUAGUACGAGUUCGGAAGCACAAGAAUCCACUUUUACCCCCGUUACUACAGAUUCGUCAUCAGUGCCUUCUAGUACGAGUUCGGCAACACAAGAGUCCACUCCCACCUCUGUUGCUACUGAGUCUUCGUCAAUGUCUUCUAGUACAAUUGAGGAAACAAAAGAAUCUACUUCCACCCCGGUUACUACAGAUCCGUCAUCAGUGCCUUCUAGUACGAUUUCGGAAGCACAAGAGACCACUUCCACCUCUGUUGCUACUGAUUCUUCAACAGUUUAUUAUAGCACAACAUCGGAACCUUUUGUGCCUACUACCAAAUAUACAACUUCAACAUAUAAACCAAUGACUAAAGUUGUGUCUACUAAACCAUUUUAUGAACGAGCAUAUUAUGUAUUUAAUUUUAUGUUCACAAGUAUGUUAAUAAUUAUAGCUCUUUUAAUGGGCACAGUAUUUUUCUGGAAUAAGCUUGCUAGGAAAAAUCUAUUCAGCAACAAUGUAAAUAUUUCUCUGUAAACUAUACAAAGAAAUUUUUUUUUGAUUUUCUGUUAAUGAGCAUUUGUUAAUUUUAUU